AUGCCGGCCCUACUGCUGCCGGAUACUGCUGCGCCGUUUGCGCCCCGCUCGUCACCAACAGUCGUCCUCAAUACAACAGUUGACCCGUGGUUAACCGCUACCUUGAAGAGGAUCAACCGAAUCAAGCGACCACUCAACAGUGUUCCCCAGCACAUGAAAUGCCUGACGGAGACACUAUCGCAGGACUCAGCUAUAUGGAACCUGUGUAGUCUCAUGAUACCGCGUGCGCCUGAAGCCGAGCUCGAGAAGCACAAUCACCCUCUCCUGGAUGCCCUCUUCCGAUAUCAACUGUUACACAUUCAAGCCUAUGUUGUUCACAUUGACCUGGUUAUGUCAAACGAAAUCGCAUACAAGCUUUCACCUGAGACAAUAAAGGAAUUGAUCGAGUACCACAAAGACAUCUACCUGAUCGACCAGAAGUCCUGUACUUGGCAUUGGACUGAGAAAGAGAGUCAAAUGAAGAGACUGCAUGAGGAGUUUGUGCAGACAGUGAACAAGUUUGUUUAUCGAACAGAUGUUAUCGCGUUGGAAGGUAUGGAGGACGAUGGGGCCGGUGAGUUGCUCUGCGGGCGGAGCGAUGAGGUUAGAGGCCUUGUGUUGGGUUUCUUCCUACCGUUGUUGCCGCCUCCACCACGAAUUGUCGACGUUGUGCGAGCCCCACCACCACUGCUCCCGAGCUCGCCUGGAGCUGCCGGCUGGUGGUCUCCAACACCGCCUGCACCACCACCAUCCCUUCCACCACCACCACCCGUCGAGGCAUGGAGGGUGCUCCCAUCGAGCCCUGACACAGACAGUCCAACAACGAAUACAGCACCAUACCAAUCCAGUUGGGGGGCUAUGGGAAUGUCAGAGGUGCCAAGCAUGAACUCACCGGCUCAGCACCACCAGCAGCAGCAGCAGCAGCAGCAGUAUUCUUCUCAGCCGCCAUCGCAUCAACUCCCGCUGACGCAACUUCCUCUGCCCAGUCUUGUGGCGCAACAGUGCAGCACUGGCAGCGGAUUCGGGGGGUUCGGUUGGGACAGGUAUCAGGAGUAUGCAACUAUCAUGUAGCCAUCACGGAGGGGCUUAGAUGGUGGGGUUAGCGGUGAUAGUGGUAGUGGACAGCAAGAGCAGCAGCAGCAGCAGGGACAGGGGCAGGACAACAUGACUGAGACUGGUUUUCAAGACGUAUGGAGGGGAAAGGAGCGGUAUGGCGGGAGCUGGGAGUGACAGACAACCUGAUACUCGAUGCGCUUUCUUUUUUUAUUAUUAUUACUUUUCACUUC